ACCCCAAGCAUCAGCGUCAGCAUCAGCAGAGAGGCAGAGAGGGACGCUGUGUUAUUACUUCUUAGCAGGAGCGGUGACGCCACGCUGGUGCAGAAGUGAGGGUCUGAGGCAGUGCUGUGCUCAGCGCUCCUUGCGUCCUCACUGCCGUUGACUUCUGUUGCAGUGGAGGCUGCAAGCCCGGGCAGUAGCCGGGACCAGCAGGAGCAGACUGUCUGUGGUGUGAGGGUCAGGGGUGAUCAGGAGAGCCACCUCACCACCACCACCACCUUGCUGCUGGCAUCUCCAGCCAUAAAGGAAAGUGAAAGUUUGUGUUCAAGAAGACUUUAGACUGAGAAAAGGUCCACUAGACACAGCCUUGCACACACUGGUGAAGGAAACCAUGAGUGCCAAGAGUGUGGGAAAAGACUCCCUGGGAAGGGUGACCUCACCAAGAACACCCACACACUCUGGAGGAAGACCUCAUGAAUGCCAUGAGUGUGGCAAAAAGUUCAGGCUUAAAGGUGACCUUAACAGACACACCCUUACACACACUGGUGAAAGACCUCAUGAAUGCCAUGAGUGUGGCAAAAAGUUCAGGCUCAAGGGUGACCUCAACAAACACACCCUUACACACACUGGUGAAAGACCUCAUGAAUGCUGUAAGUGUGGCAAAAAGUUCAGGCUUACGGGUGACCUCUACAGACACACCCUUACACACACUGAUGAAAGACCUCAUGAAUGCUGUGAGUGUGGCAAAAAGUUCAGGCUUACGGGUGACCUCAACAAACACACCCUUAUACACACUGGUGAAAGACCUCAUGAAUGCAAAGAGUGUGGCAAAAAGUUCACUCAGAAGGGUGACCUCAAGACACACACCUCUACACACACUGGUGAAAGACCUCAUGAAUGCAAAGAGUGUGGCAAAAAGUUCACUCAAAAGAGUGACCUCAAGACACACACCUUUACACACACUGGUGAAAGACCUCAUGAAUGCAAAGAGUGUGGCAAAAAGUUCACUCAGAAGUGUAACCUCAACACACACACCUUUACACACACUGGUGAAAGACCUCAUGAAUGCAAAGAGUGUGGCAAAAAGUUCAAUCAAAAGAGUGACCUCAAGAAACACACCCUUACACACACUAGUGAAAGACCUCAUGAAUGCCGUGAGUGUGGCAAAAUGUUUAGUAAUAAGAAUAACCUCAAGAAACACACCCUUACACACACUGGUGAAAGACCUCAUGAAUGCCAAGAGUGUGGCAAGAGGUUCAGUUCUUUGUCUUAUCUCAAUGUGCACAUCUUCAGACACUCUGGCCUGAGAGAGUUCAAGUGUGAUGUUUGUGGGAAGCAUUUCAAGAUGAAGGCAGAUAUUGCCCAGCACAUGAAGAUCCACUUCCCCUGAGGUGCUGUGUGUGGUGGUGGAGGGCGGCGGGUCGCAGCCACGUCCUGGUUCUGCUGACGGGUCAUCUUCCUCGAUGCAUCAGCAUGAGGUGGAGGUGCCGGGAGGCCAGCCAUGCCGGGUGGGAAGAUCCCUGGGGACCAGAGGCUGCCGGAACACCCCGGCUGUCCUGCACCCCAUGGCGGGGGGCAUCUGCCCAGCCCCGGGAAGGCAGGUCACCCGGGCAGGACUGCUGACACAGCUGGUGGCCCUGUGGUGCUGAGGUCGGUGUCAGGGCCGCCUGGGGGUGCUGUCGCCCUAGGGGUGAGGAGGACACUGCCCGGGAGUCUGGGAUGACCUGCAGACAAGACAACACGUGAGGAAGGACCACAGGAGCUGGCAGCAGUGAAGGAUCCUGAGGUGCAUCACUGAGGGCAGGGAUUUGAACCCAAGCCUUCAGGGUGACGGCGGGCAGCACACCAGCCGGACCACCGAUGGCCUGUAGGGGCACUGAACCGGGGCCACGCUGCCACGCAGCCCGGAUAAGUGUGGCAGGCGUUAAGAGUCCUUUGUGUGGUGUGGGGCAGGUGUCUGGGGGGUUGUCAACAUACUGUAGGGGGACAUCCUGUGGGCUGUGGCGAGGCGUCUCUCUCUCUCUCUCUCUCUCUCUCUCUCUCUCUCUCUCUCUCUCUCUCUCUCUCUCU